AUGGUGAACAAGCAGCAAACGGUUUGGGUCCAGUCUGGGGUCGUCAGCUUUGGGUCUGGCUGUGCUCGACCUGAACUCCCUGGUGUUUAUUCAAGGGUGUCCCGCUACCAGUCCUGGAUCGGCUCCCAGAUCCAGAGCGACCCACCAGGCUUUGUCACAUUCUCCUCCCCUGGAUCCGAUGGUGACAGUAGCCACACCUGCCCUGGACUUCCGCCCCCACCCCCACCCUCCCCGGAUGUGACAACCCCAGCUCCCACUGACAGUCUUUCAGCUGAUGUUUGCGGCACAACUCCACUCAACCCCAGGAUAGUUGGAGGACAAGAUGCCCCUGCAGGCAGCUGGCCCUGGCAGGCUAGUCUGCAGAUGUCUGGAAGCCAUUUCUGUGGAGGUUCACUGAUCAACAAGGAGUGGGUUGUAUCUGCUGCUCACUGCUUUUCAAGCACCAAUCCAAGCGGGCUGACUGUCUACUUGGGUCGGCAGACCCAGCAAAGCAGCAAUCCCAACGAAGUGUCCAGAAGCCUGGACAGAAUCGUGUUGCAUCCCAAUUACGACAGCGACACCAAUGACAACGACAUAGCUAUGCUGAGACUCAGUUCUCCCGUUCAGUUUAAUAACUUCAUCAGACCGGUUUGUCUGGCAGCCAGUGGCAGUGUGUUCAACAAUGGCACAGACAGCUGGGUAACUGGAUGGGGCAACAUUGGAGAAGGUGUUGCUCUCCCAUUCCCUGAGACCCUACAGGAAGUGGAGGUUCCAGUGGUGGGUAAUAGACAGUGCAACAGCCUGAACGGAGUUGGAACGAUCACAGAGAACAUGAUCUGUGCUGGUCUACUCGCUGGAGGAAAAGACUCAUGUCAGGGUGACUCAGGAGGUCCAAUGGUGAACAAGCAGCAAACGGUUUGGGUCCAGUCUGGGGUCGUCAGCUUUGGGUUUGGCUGUGCUCGACCUGAACUCCCUGGUGUUUAUUCAAGGGUGUCCUGCUACCAGUCCUGGAUCGGCUCCCAGAUCCAGAGCGACCCACCAGGCUUUGUCACAUUCUCCCUAGCAGAUAAUGCACCUCCUGGCUCACUUUCACUCUCUUUCCUUCUCUUCAUAAUUUCAGCCUUUGUCUCUCUAUGUUGGUAGGGUAUGAAAGCUGAGACAAGAAAGCAUUACUUUGAUAUGGUAUAUGGGCUUGAUAUGGUACUAUUUUAAUAUUCUUAUUGCACUUAAAAGGUAUGAUAUUAGUGACGCGAGGACAUCAGGGUGGGAACAAGACAGCUGAGGUGGGAGAAAUGUUUUAAAUUAAUCUUUUCUGGACAUUAAGUCUGAUGCAUUGAUAGAUAGAUACCAAGAUAGCUGAGGUGGGAGAAAAAUGACCUUGAUAACUGUCAUGAUGAUCAAAAAGUGUAUUGAAUGUGUAUUGUAACAUGAGUUGCACAAAUGUUUUCAUGCUAAUAUAAAUAUAAUAUAGGUGUCUGCUCAUUCACUUUUCUGUUUAUAUCAUAUAUAGGAAUUAUUAUGAAAGAAAUGUUUUAAAUGAAUCUUCAUGGACAUUAAGUCUGAUGCAGUGAUAGAUAGAUACCAAGAUAGCUGAGGUGGGAGAAAUGUUUUAAAUUAAUCUUUAUGGACAUUAAGUCUGAUGCAGUGAUAUAUAGAUACCAAGACAGCUGAGGUGGGAGAAAUGUUUUAAAUGAAUCUUUAUGGACAUUAAGUCUGAUGCAGUGAUAGUUAUUGUCAUUGUUGUUACAACACUCUCAAAUACCUCCCCAGUAUAACUUUUAUAAUAAACAGAAUAGGAUACAUCAAAUACCUCCCCAGUAUAACUCUUAUAAUAAACAGAAUAGGAUACAUCAAAUACCUCCUCAGUAUAACUCUCAUAAUAAACAGAAUAAGAUACAUCAGUUGAAACAGUAAAUACCUCCCCAGUAUAACUCUUAUAAUAAACAGAAUAGGAUACAUCAGUUGAAACAGUAAAUACCUCCCCAGUAAAACUCUUAUAAUAAAUAGAAUAGGAUACAUCAGUUGAAACAGUAAAUGGCCUAGACUAAAAUACUUUUUGUAGAGUACCAUACAUUAGAGUUAUUAUUUGCUAUAGGAACAUAAUUUGCACAUCCAGAAAUCACCUGCCUGGCUGUUUUCUCACCAAC